UAAAGAUGGCUGCCGCAGCACUGUGUUUAUGGCAGUAAAGAUGGCUGCCGCAGCACUGUGUUUAUGGCAGUAAAGAUGGCCGCCGUCUCUGGUUGUGCAUGGCCAGCAGAUGGUAAACCUGGCUCAGAAUCAUUGUCUCCAUGUUGCUGAUCUUCUCCCAGGUCCUUUGCCGCGGCGCUGAACACCAUCCUGUGGUGGUCCAACGACACCGUGCUGGAGGCUGCCAGGGUUUUCUACAGCGCCAACCACGUCUCCACCUUCAGCCUGGUGCCCGAGUCGGCCGACAUAUGGGCCGAGGCCAUACAGAAAAGGCUGCUGGGAUACCAGGAGCAGGGCAAGAAGUUCCUGAUCAUGAGCAAAGACGAGGUGGUGAAGCAGCUGUCCAAGUUCAGGGAGAUGCUGGACUCCCUGCCUGAGGUCCUGAUCAGCCAUCAUGUAAGCCAGGAGGGGGUGUGGCUUACAGAGGAGCUGGCCUUGGUCAGGAAGAGGCUGGAGGAGGAGUUGGCGGCCGGCAAGGAGCAGAAGAUGUCCAACCUGGGCCGGCUGCGGGUGUCCCUCAAGGAGGACGAGCUGAAGACGCUGGAGAGCAAGGAGGAGCGCCGGCAGCAGCAGCUGCACAGCGCCAUCCUCAGGUCACACUUGGAGCUGCAGGAGUGUGUGAGAGGAAGAGCCGAGCAGUUUGUGACGUCACUGGCAUCUCUGACGGAGAAGCUGCUGCACCUGCUGGACGAGGUGCUGCCGGCUGCAGAAACGGAUCCAUUCAAGCCGCCUGAAGCUGAAUCCCCGGAGGCAGAAGAAGAAACAGGAAGUGAGCCGAUCAAAACCUGGACAUGGCCAGGUAUCACUCACCUGUUCUCAUUGACCAGUGAGUCAGCAAAAUCUCCCAUCACCAUGACAACAGCACCCAUCAGUACAGUGAGGAACAGCCAGAAACAUGAGGCGGUCAUUGAGCGCAGAGACACUGCGUUAAAGCGGUUUGAGCAGCUGAUCCACUCGGAGGUGUCGCGUUCUGAAGCAGACAGAUGGAACCAGCUGAGCGAGCAGCAGAACUGGAUCUCCUACUGGGCCCAGCAGGUCUUCGCUCUGAGACAGACCCAGAGGAAGCAGCGCUGAGCCACAGCAGCUGAUUGGCUGCUUAGCUCCUGUAGUUACCGUUUCCAUCCAGCAGGUGGACGACCGUCCUCUGAACCCUCACACCAGCAGCUGGUUCGGUUGCCAUGGCGUCCAGCUGAUGUAAUAAACAUUUGCUGUUGCAGAUCUGAA